CUUUUCGAGUAAUGAUAUAAACUAAUUGUGUAAUGAUCACCGUUAAUUUAACUGCACAAGGAGGGAUAAAUCAUGGCGAUUUACCCUGUGCCCAGUUGUGCAGUCAGUUGUAUCGUUUUUGAGAUGUUUGCUCGCAGAUUUUCCAGUGGGCGCCUGCUUGCAUUGCGCUAGGUAUCAACUCAAUAAGCUGUGAAUGCGUAUUCAAACAAGGGAAGCCUUCGAACUGUCAAUCACGAAGAGACAUCCAGUAAUCGUAACAAAGAAGGCAAAUAAGUUAGCCAUCUGCUUCCAAGACAUUUCAAGCGUUGUACACAUCUGCGAGGAGCAAAACUUCCCAACUCAACGCAGCAGCAACAUCAUGUUUUACCAAGACCCUUUCUUGCUCUACCAACAAACUUCAUUUUGCCACGGCAGUUCACCGGCCCGAACUGGCUCUCAAAAUCGAUCAUCGUUCCGAAUUGAUGACAUCCUGGUUCCAAGGCAGCCUUUCCUAGUUUCAAAACAGCCAGGCUUUCAAGAGUCUAGACCGCCUGCACCAAAUGCCAACCCGUUGAAAUUUGGCAUGCACUCGAUCCUCGCGCAGAGACCUCGAGAAGACAUGCCCUUGUUUCAAGGUGAGGAAGUAACUUUAAGCACUUUCUAUACCGCAGCUUUUUGCACGCUGAAAGCCAAUCGUGAACCUAUUUAUUUAUUCUCAAUUCCCGAUUUUUAAACUGUUUUCAAUAGUUUUGCACGAGGCAUUUGAAGCUAAGGGGAAAAAUUGUCUCCAGUCGUCGAAUACUUGCAAUAUUGGCUUGCAUGCUAACUUUCUAGAGGCAUGUCUGUUGAAAUAACGGACAGUGUGAUUUUCGUGAGUCCACUAAACCUACAAAAACAGCUUCCAGCAAAUUUUGAGACUCCUCUUUAUUCUGUACCUUGUACCUUGCUGGUUUCUGUAGAGUGAAUACGAGCUCAGCAACGUGAAAGAAAAUACUAGACAGUGGAAAAGACUGUAAUACAAGAGAAGUCCGCCUACGACUAAAGGCUUGUAUCACAAAAGAGAAAAGGCUUUAUUAAAAACUGGCGUUUGCGUUAGCUAUCCUCUUUUUUAAACGCAAGCGUGUAUACCCUCUGGCACCCAGGGUGGUGUUUUGCUUUACGAAUGAGAGAGAUCAAAACUUAAUAAAUUGGGCAUUAACUUGUGAAAUAAGGGAAUACAUUUUCUCGCGUGUUGUUUCGGAAUCACGACCAACCGUGCCAGCUUGCUUCAGACAUAACAUCUCUAUUGAAUCACCGCACAGAUAAUGUAAUGGAUGCGGCAAUGAACACAGAGAAAGAUUAAUGACAUUUAAAGAGGAUAUAUCUCCAAUUUUUUGUAGCAAUUUCGUAAUGACAAAAAAAUCACAAAGAGAGGAAAUCGAGAUGCAAUUUGGUUAAAUGAAAACAAAACCAACAAAAAAGCACAUGAAGAAAACAUCUUGCAAAUAAACUGUACUUCAGUCUCUCUCUUCUGGUUCACAGCUUCAUGAUAAGGCAAAGACAGAAUGAAUUGCCGUCGUAGUUAUAUCUAAACUGAACUCCCGGUUUGAUCUGAUUCAUGCACCUUGCAAGACAGUAGAGUUGAAUCUAAUGCGUGUUGAAACCAAAAGGCAUGAAUUCGUUCACUGUUAGGGCUGCGGCAAUCAUUACCAAAUACCUUCGACAGGCGAUCGAGACGUUUGCCGAAACGGGAGAAAAUGUGUCUUUGUUAAAUCAAAAUAAAUUGAUUUCAAAUAAUUUUUUUGAUCUCAAGGGUGAAGCUAAGCUUACGGAAAAACAGUACUUUUGGUUAGAUCGAAAAUAAGGCAUUUAUGUUUUUGUUACCUUUGUGAAGGAGAGAUUAUGAAGAGAAUGAAUAGCGAAGAAUGUCAAAACCAGUACCAAACAGUAAGAUUGAAGGAAGAAACCGUUGUUCUUCCGCGGUAGCUGACACAGACUUUUCACCUGCCCUGCGUAUUGGGUUACAAAACGAGCUUUUCAUGUACCUCCCGUUUUGUAAUGUCAAAGUAGAAAUGUUUUUUAAAACAGUUCAACAAUGGAAAGACCUUUUUGUUAUUUCCUCCAACAAAUACACGUGUUAAGGACUUCAUUUGUCAAGAAGUAAAGCAAGGAAACGGGUCUGACAAUCGGACAAAGAUUUCAAGGGCUUCAAUUACCGAUCAGCGGUUACUUUCUUUUGUUGUAGCGAAGCUGCUCUUGAGAUUUGGUUGUUUCUAAUCCUGUGUCAACACAUCUCAAGCAUUAGUGAUCUCGAUUAAGCUCAAAAUCGCGCCCAUCAUUCUUCACUCAAUAAUUCACUCUGAUUUAUGCCCUUUGCAGAUCCCAGUCCCGAAGUCUUAAGCCAAUUGCCGGUGUAUUUUCGCGUUAAACCGACUCUACGAACUCCAAGCGGACGAAGGUGCCGUAAAUCUCGGACAGUCUUUACCGAUCUUCAACUACGCGUCCUGGAAAAAACGUUCGCGGAGCAAAAAUACUUGGACACUUCUAACCGAGCGAAACUCGCGCAAACACUGGGCUUGAACGAGACUCAGGUUAAAACUUGGUUUCAGAACAGGCGAAUGAAAUGGAAGAAAGAAUCGAGCCAGAAUGGCCAAGAAUCGUCGACAUCGUCUAAAGAUGAAGAGACAGGCUCGUCAGAAACAAAGGAGACAAAAACCGAAGAAGAAAGCACAGAGACCCUGAAAGACGCCGGGAGUAGGCACAGUGAAUGAAAUUUAUAGUCACUGGAAUUUAAUUUGGAUUUGCCAUGGAAUGAAUUGAAAAUGUAACAACACAGUUUCCCGCGAAUUAAUGGGAAAGUGACGCAAACUCUAAGAGAAAAACAGUUUUAAUGCCAUCUUUAACUUAUAUUCUUGGCUUUAAUCUAAACAGGUUGUUAUUUUAAUGUUUUCGUGAACAAUGAUAUCGUUCAGAUCGUUGUAAAUAAUGAUAAUAACACAUGUAAAAUGUUGGUCAUGUCCUUUUUUUUCCGUUUAUAGUUUUCGCACUUUUCUCGCCAUUCGAGUCAGACAAUUUUAAAGAUAAUAUUUCUGACUUGCCUCUUACGUUUGAGCUAAUUUUUAGUGGAGCCAAAUAACUGAAACAUUGUGUAAUAAUUCGAAGAUCCAAAGAAAUUAAGAAUAAUGGAAGUGAGUUUUUCAUUAGAUCAAAUGUUUUGCGCGCGGGUCUGAAUGACUGACGCCCGGGAUGCGCUAAUGUCGAAAAAAGCCACUAAUUGCCAUCGACCCAAUUUUCAGGAAAACAAUUACGGCCAUUUGUCAAAAAAUGACAAGAAUGGAAGGUUAGAAACGAUGUUCGCGUAGACGUUUUUUAGGCCGGUGAAAAAAAAAAUUCAAGUAUAAGAGAAGAAGAUCGUUAAGACGCCAAAACGUCAGUUUAAAAGACUGAACAUGUGCGUUUUCACAUUUUAUUUGAAGUCAGAGCCAAAGCCGUAUUGAACUGAUGCUUCUCUAAGCACCGAUUAUGUGAAUAAGAUCAUUAAAUAUUACUCAGUAUUUCAGAGGUUUUUUGCAACGAGUUUUUUCCGCUCAGACGUCUGUUGCUACGAGGGAUGAAUCAUGUAGGCGCGAUCGCGUAAUAUUCACUUGGGAACGCAUUUCAUUAGCCAGUGGAAUCGUCAAAGGUAGUACCACAACCUUCGUCAACAAAGAGCAAAAAGACCGGGACAUUUUCCCCUUUAAAAUGGAUUUCCCACCUUCUCCGGCAUCUUAGCUGACAUAAAGGCGACAUCUUGUCUCUUUUCAGUUUUUCAUUUUGACAAGGGAAAUUUCAUUUGAAUUUAAAUAUAUUAUCCUGUUAAUAUCCUCGUCAAUUACAUGUAUUAAGUACUUACCUCGCUGGACAUGGCUGUCACAAAUAUUACAUUAAAUAUGGUCUUUAUUUGUACAUAGAAAUUUUAACUUGACCAAAAAAUAAACUUAAGGGCAGGG